AUGAAGCGCAGCGAGUGGCGCGUGAGGGCCCAUUCAGGGGGGGACACCCCAGCUACGGACGGAGCACCGGGGAAAUCCGAAGCGGGGCACGCGCUGACGUGGCAGGACGAGGAGGUGUACCAAAUGUUGCGGAAGUACGGGCGGUACGCGAUUGGCCUGCUGGAGGGUGUGCUGGCCACGAUCGACGUGAAGCUAAACGAUACAGUUGUCCAGGCCACCAAACCGUUCGACGAAUACCCCCCCAACAUCCUCCGUGCUCUCGAGAGCCUGAAGGAGUACCGUCGCCAGAAGCAGCUCAGCCUCAGGCCGCCCAGGGCCAGCAGCAACGACGCUGCUCCAGCCGGCAAACGGAGGAGUAAACUGCAGGGGCGAGGAAGGCGGGGUGGGGAAGAAAGGCACGAGGAGCAGGGCCCACCUGGUGAUAGUUUGGCUGAUGACAGACGGGUUGAUGCUGGUGAUGGUGAUGAUAUAGGGGAGGUGGUUGAUGGGGAUGCUUCCUUCAAAGGUUUGAAGCGUUCCGGAAUGUCUCUAAAGGUGGCUGGUGGGGAUGCUGCGUGCAAGGGUCUGAAGAGUUCUGCCCGUGGCAAGCCGGCGGCAGCAGCUGAUAAGCCUGAGGGCAUGGCAGGGGGUGUAAGAAAGGUUGGUGUUUCCUCUGGUGUUUUCUCUAGUUGUAAGAACAGGGUGGCUGGGAAGGGCAGUCACAGGAGCAAUCAUCGCAGGGUGAACGUGAGGGAGGGAGGCGGUAACGGGGAGAAAAAGGCUGCUGGUGAGAGGAAGGCUGCUGGUGGCGAUGGGGAGAGGAAAUCCGCUGGUGGCAGGAAAUCUGCUGGUGAGCGGGGCUUUUGCAGCACGAAGGCAGGGAGGAGGAGCCGGGCGACCAUGCGGUGUUUGGAGCAGUCGACCAGGGAGAGGCUGUGUGAGAUUGCCCAGCAGGCAGAGGAGGCGAACAGGCGCGCUGUGGAGGCGAAGAGGGCGCUGGUGGAUAAGUACUAUGGUAUUUUGAAAGAGAAGCUUGCACAGGGGGUGGAGGAGGAGAGGAGGAUGAUUGCUGAGGUGGUUGCAAGGGAGGAGGCCAAGCUGAGGCGUUUGGCUGGCUUGCUGUGA